UGAGAUGUGAAGGAGAGGGGACAUUCCCGUAAACUCUCACAUUUCUAAGAGAAGGGCAGUUCUGCUGGCCAAACCACGUGGUCACUCUCAUUUCAAGUCUUAGUGAAGUGUAACUCAGACCUCACAAGGGAGAAGAGGAGCGUUUUCUUUCGAAAGCUCAGGACUACAGUUUGACAUUGUUUUUAAAAUGCAGAAGGGCUCGUUUUCUCUCACCAUACCUUUUCGUAUUUUCUAUCUGCUAUUCCUCGGGUUUGGUUUCUUGUGCUUCUCACAAAUUGCAGGUGCACAAGCUGAAUGUCCUGUUCAGCUCAGCCAGCAGCGUGUUGUUGUGAGAUACAACGGUUCUGUAGCAGUUAACUGUAGCACUUCAGUCUCACAUAAAGGGAUGGGAUGGGAAUCCAGUGAAGGAGCAGUGCCCAAAACCAGUAACAGUCUGAUCAUAUGGAGAGUGUCACACCUGACAGAAUGGGAGAUACAGCCAUCCUGCUACAUAAACUAUGAGAGACAGUGUUUAAUAGAGCUCCCAGUCAUUAUUUACAAGACUCCAGACAAUGUGUCGAUCAGCAUUGUGAAACGCACAGGACCAAUGAUAGAGGGACAGCAGUAUGAGCUCCAGUGUGAUGUUCAAAAUGUUGCUCCUGUUCACAAUCUCACUGUCAAAUGGUAUAAAGGACAGACUCUGCUGGAUCAAACCAAUGCCAUCAAGUAUAGCAGGACUCCAGUGAACGAAACCGUCUUACUCCUGAUCCGUCCAGACAGAGAUGAUGAUGGAGCUCAAUACAGAUGUGAAGCAGAGCUGGAUCUGGGAGCAGAAGGACCUCAAUAUCCUCCAAAUAAAACAUCAGACUUUCUCAGCAUUACUGUAUAUUCUAAACCGAUCAUCAAUGAGACCAAACUGCCCUCCGUAGUGCCUGUGUUUCGAGGAUAUUCAGAGGAGAUUGUUUGUGAAGCCGAGGGAAACCCAAAACCAACAAUCAGCUGGAUCCUCGGCACAAAUGAUAUAGUUUAUAAUGAAGUUCUUACUAUAUCAGAGUCAACACCUGAGUAUGUGUCCUGCGUUGCAGAGAAUUCUGUUGGCACGACCACCAGAAAUUUUACAGUGUUCAUACAAGAUAUUUCCAUCAGCACUGUGAAUCACACAGAACCAAUGAUAGCGGGCGAGCAGUAUGACCUCCAGUGCUCGAUUAAAUAUGUGGCUCCUUUUAAGAUUGUUGAUGUGGGAUGGUACAAACAGAAUAAAAACAACAUCAUUGAAACCAUCAAGACUCCAGACAUUUUAACAUAUACAGUCCAGAUCCGCCCAAACAGAGCUGAUAAUGGAUCUCAAUUCUGGUGUGAAGCAAAGCUAGAAGCAGAAGGAACUCAACGAACUUCAACAAUGAAAUCAGCAAAUCUCAGCAUUACUGUACAUUUUAAACCGAUCAUCAAUGAGACCAAACUGCCCUCCACAGUGCCUGUGUUUCGAGGAUAUUCAGAGGAGAUUGUUUGUGAAGCCGAGGGAAACCCAAAACCAACAAUCAUCUGGAUCCUCGGCACAAAUUAUACAGUUAAUAAUGAAACUCUUACUAUAUCAGAGUCAACACCUGAGUAUGUGUCCUGCGUUGCAAACAAUUCUGUUGGCACGACGACCAGAAAAGUGAAAGUGUUCAUUCAAGAUAUUUCCAUCAGCACAGUGAAUCACACAGAACCAAUGAUAGCGGGCGAGCAGUAUGACCUCCAGUGCUCGAUUAAAUAUGUGGCUCCUUUUAAGAUUGUUGAUGUGGGAUGGUACAAACAGAAUAAAAACAACAUCAUUGAAACCAUCAAGACUCCAGACAUUUUAACAUACAAAGUCCAGAUCCGCCCAGACAGAGCUGAUAAUGGAUCUCAAUUCUGGUGUGAAGCAAAGCUAGAAGCAGAAGGAACUCAACGAACUUCAACAAUGAAAUCAGAUAAUCUCAGCAUUACUGUACAUUUUAAACCGAUCAUCAAUGAGACCAAACUGCCCUCCGUAGUGCCUGUGUUUCGAGGAUAUUCAGAGGAGAUUGUUUGUGAAGCCGAGGGAAACCCAAAACCAACAAUCAUCUGGAUCCUCGGCACAAAUUAUACAGUUAAUAAUGAAACUCUUACUAUAUCAGAGUCAACACCUGAGUAUGUGUCCUGCGUUGCAGAGAAUUCUGUUGGCAAGACGACCAGAAAAGUGAAAGUGUUCAUACAAGUUAAACCGAUCAUCAAUGAGACCAAAUUGCCCUCUGUAGUGCCUGUGUUUCGAGGGUAUUCAAAGGAGAUUGUUUGUGAAGCCGAGGGAAACCCAAAACCAACAAUCAGCUGGAUCCUCGGCACAAAUGAUAUAGUUUAUAAUGAAGUUCUUACUAUAUCAGAGUCAACACCUGAGAAUGUGUCCUGCGUUGCAGAGAAUUCUGCUGGCAAGACGACCAGACAAGUAAAAGUGUUCAUACAAGAUAUUUCCAUCAGAACUGUGAAUCACACAGAACCAAUGAUAGCGGGCGAGCAGUAUGACCUCCAGUGCUCGAUUAAAUAUGUGGCUCCUUUUAAGAUUGUUGAUGUGGGAUGGUACAAACAGAAUAAAAACAACAUCAUUGAAACCAUCAAGACUCCAGACAUUUUAACAUAUACAGUCCAGAUCCGCCCAGACAAAGCUGAUAAUGGAUCUCAUUUCUGGUGUGAAGCAAAGCUAGAAGCAGAAGGAACUCAACGAACUUCAACAAUGAAAUCAGCAAAUCUCAGCAUUACUGUACAUUUUGAACCGAUCAUCAAUGAGAACAAACUGCCCUCUGUAGUGCCUGUGUUUCGAGGAUAUUCAGAGGAGAUUGUUUGUGAAGCCGAGGGAAACCCAAAACCAACAAUCAGCUGGAUCCUCGGCACAAAUGAUAUAGUUUAUAAUGAAGUUCUUACUAUAUCAGAGUCAACACCUGAGUAUGUGACCUGCGUUGCAGAGAAUUCUGCUGGCAAGACGACCAGACAAGUAAACAUGGUAUUAAAAGAGGAUUACCUGCCCUUAAUAGCGGGACUUAUCGCAGUCACUGUGGUGUUCAUCUCAGUCAUCUUCAUCUUCAUCUACUCUAUCUACUACAAAACAGCCAAGAUGGGCCAUUAUAGCCUGAAGGAUGCCAAGCCUAGUGCACAAAAUGGAGACAUAGCACAGAAUGGCAAACACAGCCCUAUUCCUAUGAAGAAAUUCUCUCAGAGUGAUAUCCUUGCUUAGGUUAUGAAUCCUUGGGUUUGCUACAACUGCCGAAUCACAGAGUCCACAAUUAACAAGGGAUUGUGACAAUGGAAGUUUUUAGGCCUCUACUCUGGGGCUAAUUUCUUCAUGGCUUCAAUGUUUUUAUUUUAUGGAGCACCUGUUCAUUCACUUCACUCCCAGAUCCAGAGUAACUGUUAAUUACAUCACAAAAUGAACUUUUCAGUAUCCAGCAGUCUGCUGUUUAAUGGACCAGAGGAAACUAUCUGACAGAACAGAUGAAAAUGAAAUACUGAAUGAAUUUCAAAUGAAAGGACCUGAUGUCUGCAGAUCUGGAGAUCUUGACAUAAGUGAAUGUUCAUCAACUACAAAGUGACAUUAUUUGAGUAAUAUUUUCUUUGUAUGCCUAUUUAAGGGAAGGCACUUUUUAAAUUGUUUAACAAGACUUUUCUUCUGUAUUUGUCUUUGGCACAUUGAUCAGUUUGAUUUUUUGUGUUUUGUCAAGUAUAUACAGUAUAUAUUAAGAAAUUAUGUUCUAUUAACAAUUUUCAGGAGGAGCACGUUUAGAUAAUCAACCAAUUAAGCAUUAUAGUAAAUAUACAGCCAACUUACCUCUGUUUUAUGAUAGUUUUCAGGCCCAGCUCCUCACUUUCUAACUAUUCCUAUCCCAGUUUGGGAUAUGGGGGGAGUUCUCUGGGAGAUCUGAGCCAUCUCUUUGGACAGCUUGUCAAAUAUGCAAAACAUUCGCUCAGUCUGAUCAUAUGUAAAUGUAACUUGUGAAAGACACUAUAGUUGAGUCUUUUACUUUGUUAAACAAGUUUUUCAUUUAAAGUUUAAAUUCCCUUGAUAGAAUCCGCAUUUUAGAGGUUGGAAAUAUUGCACACGGUGACUGUGAAGAAGUGAAAGCUUAGGUUUGAGGGGUCUCAUGGUGAACCUGUGGGAAAAUAUUUGGAUGGAUUUCUGAAAAAUUCUCUCAGGCCUCAUAGUCUGUAAAAACAUGAGAUGCUGGAGAUUAAAUAAGUGUGCCAGUUUUAUGGCUCAAGGUGUAUAAUGUUGUUGAAAGCAUAGUUUUGACGGCUCUGUCAUCAUAUACUCACCCUCAUGUUGUUCUAAAACCUGCAUGCUAUUGUUGUUUUUUUCCCCUUCUUUUUAUGUUGUUCAUUUUUGCCAUGACUGUAAAGCUUCAAAAGAAAAAAAAACAUCAUCAUAAAGGUAGCCCAUACAACUACAUAUUCCAAGGAAACAUGCAUGUUUUGUUUAUUUUCAGUUUGAGAUGUGUGGUCACUAUCAAUCGCUGUUGAAUGGAAAAUCAUUGUGUUAUGAUGAUUCAAAAAUUCUACUUUUCAGUUCAACAAAAUACUUAGUCACACAAGUUUGGAACGACACGAGGAUGAUUUAAUGAUGACCGAAUUGUUUGUUUGAACUAUCUUUUUAAUCAUGUCACUGAAUUUAUAUGCAUUUAAUCUCAAUAUGAAUGUAAUCUCACCAUUUCUGGUGGGUUUUAAAAUUUGUGUAUGGAAUUUAUACCAUCUGUCCUUAUAAGCACAUGACAUUUGAAUUUGUAAAUUAAUUUGUGGAGAACAUUUUAGGAAAAAUGUUUUAUCUAAUAAAAUAAAUAUUCUUUCCAUAGAA